UAUUUCUGUCUCCUCUGUUUCUAUACUCCUUUAAAGCUGCUUUGAGACAAUGGGAAAUUGUUAAAAGCUCUAUACAAAUAAAUUGAAUUGAAUUGAAUUAACAGCAUUUUGUUGCUAUGUAUUUGUAAUAUGCAAUGUCAAAUAUCGAUUGAUAAAUCAAUCUAACAAUCAAUCCCUCAUCUAUCUAUCUAUCUAUCUAUCUAUCUAUCUAUCUAUCUAUCUAUCUAUCUAUCAAAAAACUUACCUCAGUAGGUAAAACCAAAGUUUUUUAUUUUGUAUGGGAGGAAUGCAUUAUCAAAUUAGUUCUGGAUUUAUUUGACUUUGGGAGAUCCAGAGAAAUCAAGAUCUGUCAUUGUAUUAUUUUUUUUUUCAUGAAAAUGCACUUUUGCUCAAUUUAAACACAUGAGAGUGUGAGAGAAGGGGGUGGCCCGAGAAGCAAGGGAAGGCUUGCUCUCUAUUGUUGAAGUGGAAGUGAGACCAAAUGAUCUUGACAGAAGCAGUCCUUCUGUUUGAACAACCUUGGAGUCUCAUUAGUUCCCCUAGGACUUUUCUUGGUGGGGAAAUUCUGUAUUUGUGACAUUUGUUUAACUAUAAAAGUUUUGGCCUGCACUUAACUAUAAAGAAAAGUAGUAUUUUGCCUGGCUCUGGUCUAUUGUAGCUUUGAGAGGAGAUGAAUUUUCUUGUGCUUGGAGUCCUGGUAGUUCUUCCCCAUGCUGCUGUAAGAUCCAUCAAAGUGGCAGAAAGUUAUUGGACUCUUAAAGCAAAUGAAUUGGUGGUGGAUGAAGAUAUGGAUAAAUAUGGAACUACAGUGCUGGUUCCAAUAGUGUGUGGUGAGGCUUUUGAGGGACAGAAGAUCAUAUGGAAGCGAGAGAACAGAGAGGAGCUCCCACUCCAGGGAAACAGAGUUUUUGUGGUGGUGGAGGAACGACAGGGAGGAACAUACACCUGUUACAGCACAGAAGGCAAAUACCUGAACCACACACUUGUAUUAGUGCAGUGGAGGUACAGGAAGAUAAUUAAAGGCACACCUGAGAGAGGUUAUAUCCACUGCUCAACAAACAACUACAGUGGAUUUUUUCAGUGCUUCUGGACCUGGGAUGAAUCAAGAGCUGGAAAAGUUGCAUUUAUUAAAAUAAUACGCUCUCACACUGCAGGAAACAUUAGCUGCAGUCUGGACUCUAAUGUAGGCAGCAUCACAUGCCAAGAUCAUGCAUACUGUCCCUAUGCUGAGGAGAUAGAUCACAUCAACUUGACUGUUUAUUUCCGAAGCAACUACGUCAUUGAGACCUAUUAUCUGCAGUUUCGAAUCUCAGAUAUAGUGAGGCCAGACAUGGUUCGUUUCAAUAUGAAGAGAAAUAUUCUGGAGCUUCAGUACCCAGAGAGCUGGAGCACACCGUUCUCCUACUUUCCCCUUACAUUUCAGGUGAAAGAGAUUCGCUGCCACAGGAAAAGGAUUUGUGACUGUUCUUACCAAAGAUCAUCAAAUGUUGACCUGACACAAGAGCAGCUAUGGCCAUUAAAAAAGGGAGUGACAGUGUGUGUAAGAGCACAGGAUAGCCUGACUAACUCCUCUUGGGGAAAAUGGAACCAGUUCAAAAAAGAGAAACACAAGAGAAAAGAGAAAGGAUGGCAUGAAAAAAGCAUGAAAAGUAAAGUGAAUGAUGGUACAAGACAGCUCAAGACACACAGGGUUACUGCCACAGAUCUUGGUGUAGCAUGGAGAAAUGGAUGGGGUCAUGAAACAGAACUCUAAACUCUGACAUAAAGAAACAUAUCUAUUAAUAAAUAUCACUUGUUUAGGGUUAUGGAGAAAAAUAAAUAUCAGCAGCUCCAAUGUAUGAAGCAAUUACUAAGGCAAUAUUCAUUAUUUGAUGUUCAAUAUUCAUAUAUUUCAUUCAACAUGUCAUUGUAUGACCCCUAUCUCACAACUGUGAACUGUAACUAAUAUGGAUACUAAGGAAGUCUAUACAUUAGUGUAUAGUGGUUGUAGAGAUGGAAGAUUAUUGUUGGUAAUGGUUUUGUUGAUUAAAUUUAAUGAGUUGUGCAGCUAAAUAUUAAAGGCCACAACUCCGGAAACCUCUAUUAGAAAACCUGUUGUGUUCUUAGCACAAUAUUUUUACAGGUUUUUCACCUAUUAAAUAUUAUUGUAAUUUUUUUUAACCUGUGUAAAUAGAAUGAAUUCUUAACAAUAGAAUAGCAUAUCCCUCCAGCAUAAUAGAAGUUAGCAAAAAGAAACCAACAUUAAUAUAUUAUGGUAAUGGCACAUUAAAUAAGCGUUCUUGUUCUGUCAUGCUUAUAGUGCUUUGUAUCAGUUUUCUUGGCUGUAUUUCUAGUUUUUUCAUUUGCCUGUCAUAUUCUGUUUAUGUAUCACCUCACCUACUUCCUGUCCUGGACCAUGUUAAGCCAAAUGUUCUGUUGGAUUUGUUUGUUGUAUUACAACUUUAAUAAAAGCACUAUCCAUAAUGGCAGCUGCCUUUGCCCAUGCCAGACAGCAUACUUUGCCUGUAGCAUGGAGGCAUUGAGAAUGUUUGAUUGGCAACAAGUGCUAUUUAAUCUGCCUAUGGCUUCACAAUGUCUUGACACCUGUUUCCACUGAGAUCCAUGACUCCUCCAGCCAGGGAAGUUGUGGCCUAAUGGUUAGAGAGUCUGACUUCUAACCCUAAGGUUGUGCGUUCGAGUCUCGGGCUGGCCACGACUGAGGUGCCCUUGAGCAAGGCACCGAACCCAACCCAACCCCCCUCAC